AUUAGACCAUGACAUCAAACAAUCAACUAUUAUAAUAGAUUGUUCGUAAAAGCCAAUCAAGUUGCUCAAAGUAAGUUAUGUUAAUAUAUUACAUUGUCUAGGAUAGACCUAAGCGUACUUCCGUUCAAGGCAAGAAGACAUUUGUAUCACUGUCCGCCAUUUGUGAUUUGCGAUUGCCAACGCAAAGAAGUCGACACAGCAACUAAGAAGUCGACACAGCAAGUCCUCUCAAUACUAAAACCAAAGAGCUACAUCACAAUACUUCUACAAAAAUGUCGUUGGUGAGAGUUUCAGCGCGGCUUCCCCUUCGAUCUUGUUUGCGGACAGCAAAUGCUGCAUGCCAGCGACUUGUUAAAAUGCAAGACACUUUUGAAGGUGUCGUAAAUGCAUUCUUCUGGGAUGAGAAAUGUGGUUUUGGUGAAACACAGGAUGGUAACCAUGUUCUUGUUUCAAAUGAAUUCAAGACUGGAGGGGAACUUUCAGUGAAGAUGGAUCAUCAAUUAUGGCUGGAAAUUAUUGAGCCAACAUCAUAUAUAAACCAUGAAGCACUGAGAGAUGAACUGCAAAUGACUGUUUUAUCUUAUGAUGAUGAUGUCUUGGGGCAAGAUGGAAAUGAAGCCAGACUCAAAACAGUUCCAAUAUACAAAGGACAUAUUGAAGUGCACAAUCCAAUAGAUGACUGCCCUCCUGGUGGCGAAACUGCUGGCUUUAAUGGUGGAUCAAGGACUGCAACAGCCUAGUUCAAUGCCUUGUUAUAUUUUAUAAUAUAGUUUGUAAAUAAGUAUAAUGAUGAAAUUUUGAACCUUGAAAAUGAACCUCGAAUUUUCUAAAGGCCUGUUUACAUGGUCAUAUUCAGGUAAAAUUUCAACCACAUUUUUUAUGUGAUCACAGAAUGUGAUCAUGUAAACGACCUUACAAGUUGCUUGAAGUUGCACGAAGCAGCAAGCAACUUGCAAGGUCGUUUAGAUGAUCACACUCUGUGAUCACAUAAAAAAAUGUGAUGGGAAUUUUACCUGAAUAUGAUUGUGUAAACCAGCCUUAACAGACUGAGCAUUUUAUGAUUUUGUUUAGUCCCCUAAAGAGUGCAGUGCCUUUGUAUAAUUUCUUUUGACUAUCUCUACUUUGCUCUACUCUUUCAAGAUGUUUUAUGAAUGCUCUGGUUUUUGUAUUAAUUUACCAUUUGUAUCACUUUUCAAUGGCUGGUGAAUGUAAAUAGCCAUCUAAGAUGCAAUGUUUGGUGGUUUCAUUAUCUUGGAUUUAAAAACUGGGUUGGAGUAUGUAAGCAAAUUUUGAGAAUGUGUCAUUACUUAACAAAAUUGGUUGUCAUAGUAUUUUAGAAAGGUAAAUUUGUAAAUAUGUAGUUAAGUUUUUAAUCAGUUCUGUCUGAAAAUGGCUUAAUUUUAA